AUGGAUGAUAAGAAUUUAGAGAUAAAAGUAGAAUUAAAUGUUGAUAUAAGUUGUCAAUCUUGUGUUGAUUCAAUUAGUAAAGAAUUAAGAGAAAAGCUUGAAAAUACUAAACUCGUAGAACAUGAUAUUCCAGAACAAAGAAUUGUACUUCAAGGCACAGAUUUAACACAAGACAUAUUAGAAACUAUAAAAAAUACAGGUAGAAAUGCAACAAUUUGUGGAUUAAGUAGUACAACUACAACAACAUCAACAUCACCAUCAUCAUCAACAUGCCACAAAAAACAAGAAACAGUAUCAGGAAGUGCUGUAUGUUCAUUAGGAUUAAUAGAAAAUUGGCAAAAAGGUUGUGGAGGAAGUGGUGGUGUUGGUAGUAAAGGUGUUUAUGGUGUCAUUAGAUUACUCAGAGCAAGUACAACAAAAACUUUAUUUGAAGGUAGAAUAACAGGUUUGAAACCUGGUAAACAUUCUUUAGUAGUUCACGAAUUUGGUAAUUUAAUGAAUGGUUGCGAUGAUCUUGGUGAACCAUUUAUAUCAAAUGUUGAAAAUAAUAAUAAUAAUAAUAAUAAUAAUAAUAAUAAUAAUAAUAAUAAUAAUAAUAAUAAUAAUAAUAAUAAUAAUAAUAAUAAAAAUAUAAAUAAAUGUAAAGAAAUUCUUAAUAAAAUUAUUGGGACAUCAGAUGUUAAGCAAGAUGGAAAAGCAGAGUUUAGAGUUUUAUCAGAUAAAUAUGAUUUUUGGGAUUUAAUUGGUCGUUCAAUUGUAUUACAUUCUCAAGAUUCAAAAUAUUCUCCCAUUGAAGAUCUAAAUAAUAAUAAUAAUAAUAAAAAUAUUGUAAAUAGUGAAAGCGAUAAAAUUUUAGGUGAGCGUGUAGCAUGUGGAAUAAUUAGUAGAGCUGCUUCUAUUGGUCAAAAUCAUAAAAAAGUAUGUCCCUGUGAUGGAACUACUGCAAUUUAA